AAGCACACUACACUGUUCUACAAGAGAAAGCUCAAUUUAAUUCAUUUAGAGGGAACCUCCAUUAGUCCACUAGGGUUAGUAGUUUGUUGAUGUCGGAGCCUAUUCUUGCUGCGAUUUGGGACUUGGAUGGAACACUUCUAAACACAGAAUCCAUUUAUUUACAAGUCGAAAAUCAGACAAUAGAGAAAUACGGAGGCAAAGGUGAUGUCAGUACUGUUGCUCACAAACUUCUUGGAACUCCGGGUCUCGACUGUGCUAGAGUUAUAGUUGACCAUUUUUGCUUGAAUACUUCACCUGAACAGUAUCUAUCGACCCGCGACGAAGUGUUAGUUGACAAGUUUACAUCCACACAAUUUUGUGAAGGAGCCCUAGAACUAGUUAAGCUUUUUGCUUCUUACGGAGUACGUCAAGUAAGGCAGUUUAAAAGUUGUCACGUUAUUGAAAGUAUUGCUACAUCAAGUGGUAGUUUUUUGACUCAACUGAAACUGAGUGCCCACAAGUCAAUUGUAGAUGCGUAUAUUGACCACGUGAUAUGUCGCGAAGACGUUACGUAUGGAAAACCUUUCCCAGAUAUUUUCUUAUUAGCAGCAAAGAAGAUGGGAAUGACGCCAAAAAAUUGUGUUGUUCUUGAAGAUGCUCCGAACGGUGUUGUUGCAGCUAAGCGAGCAGGAAUGAGAUGUGUUGGAAUACGAAAUAGCUUGUUGACUUCAGAACAUUAUCGUGAUGCUGAUUGGAUUGUGGAUUCGUUGCAAAAAUGGCAAGUCGAGGAACUUCUCAAAGAUAUCAAUAGAAUGGGGCACUUGAAACUUUUUGAAUAAAGCAAAUGAAGAUAAGGAAAUGUCUACAACAUAAGACUAGUAAUUUAUUUAGGCUUCAUUUCCAGAGGCGAAUGCCGUGAUAGUUCAGUUAGAAUACCAAUAUGAAACUUGUAAUGUUUUAAUAGCAUCACUAUUUACUAAUAUAAGAAGAGAACAUGAACAGAAUCGUAUUUGAGCAUUAGACGAAUGGAUAAAGCUUGUCUGCAUUCG